AUGUCGUGGAGGGGGAGGUUCCUUAAGAUCUUCAGCGCUCACGGGAAUCUCUCGAUUUUUAAUCUCCCUUUUCUCAUCUCCCCCUCGUUUUUAUCUCCCCCGCCAGGCAUCAUCCUCUCCUUCGUCAUCUUCCUCUCGAUCUUCGGCAACGUCCUCGUCUGCGUUGCCGUCUACACCGACCGCAACCUCCGCAAGAUCGGCAACCUCUUCGUCGUCUCCCUGGCCAUCGCUGACCUCUUCGUCGCCUGCGUGGUCAUGACCUUCGCCCUCGUCAAUGACCUCCUCGGCUACUGGCCUUUCGGUCCCAAGUACUGCGAUAUCUGGAUCGCCUUUGAUGUUAUGUGCUCCACGGCUUCCAUUGUCAACCUCUGCGCUAUCAGUCUCGAUAGAUAUAUUCACAUAAAGGAUCCGCUGAGAUACGGUCGCUGGAUGACCAAGAGGAUUGUCACCAUGGCCAUCGGGGCGAUCUGGCUGCUGAGCGCCCUCGUGUCCUUCCUGCCCAUCAACCUGGAGCUGCACCGUCCGGACGCAGACAAAGCUACUCACGUAGCCGGCGAGGAGCAGUGCGCCCUGGAUCUGAGUCCCGCUUAUGCUGUGGUGUCUUCGUGCAUCAGCUUCUUCCUGCCCUGUUGCGUGAUGGUGGGCAUCUACUCGCGCCUGUACCUCUAUGCCAAGAGACACGUCGAGUCCAUCAAGGCCCUGGUGAGACCGGUCACCCUCGGCUCCCUCGAGGGCGACACCUCAAGGCCGACCAAAGUAGCGGCACCGUGCCACGUGUCGGAGUCCAAGGCGGCGACCACCGUGGGCAUCAUCGUGGGCACCUUCCUCACCUGCUGGGUACCCUUCUUCUGCGUCAACAUCGCCGCUGCCUUCUGCAAGACCUGUAUUCCUGACAUCGUUUUUAAGGUGCUGACAUGGUUCGGAUACACCAAUUCUUCCUUCAACCCUAUAAUCUACAGUAUUUUCAACCAGGAGUUCCAGGAAGCUUUCACCAGGAUUCUCACGUUUCGGUGUCGUCCUUGUCCGUCCUAUGGAGAUGGCUUCAGUUCCUCCUCCUCCUACGCCGCCACCCCGGCCUGCUUCUGCUCGCCGUGUUGCAGGUGCUGUGUACCUCAGAAACGCCGUCCAGGGAGGAGCGCAGCAGGAGGCCCCGGCGGCGGCUCCGGCUACUUGGACAUUCCCCGCCACCACCAGAACGGCUCCUCGACGGCGCUGACUGAGUACACCGUGUUGGACGCCGCCGCCACGCCCCGCUUCUCGCACGACCGCUCCAGGGCUUCGUCGGGAGAGCGCUGCCUCAUCCUGGAGCAGAUUUCAGCGAUAUGAUUUUAGGGCGGGGCUAGAAAGGAUGGGGAAAAAAUGUGGAAAAUACGUUUGAAGUGUGGGGGUUAGAGAGAAGGGGAAAAUGGAAAUGGAAAGGAAAACAGAAGUUACUUGAAGUGUGGGGUUAGAGAGAAGGGGAAAAAUGGAAAAAUGGAAAGGAAAACAGAAGUUACUUGAAGUGUGGGGUUCGAAAGAAGGGGAAAAUGGAAAAGGAAAUGAUAACAAGUUAUUUGAAGCGCGAGGUUAGAAAGGAAGGGAAAAAUGGAAAUGAAAACAAAUUCAUUGAAGUGAGGGGUUAGAAAGAAGCAAAAAAUGGAAAUGAAAACAGAAGUUCAGUGAAGUGAGGGGUUAGAAAGAAAGAA